AUGUCCUAUCCUGAAAAAUUCGAAGGUAUCGCUAUUCAAUCACAUGAAGAUUGGAAAAAUCCAAAGAAGACAAAAUACGAUCCAAAGCCAUUCUACGAUCACGAUGUCGACAUCAAGAUCGAGGCAUGUGGUGUCUGUGGCAGUGAUGUCCAUUGUGCAGCUGGACAUUGGGGCAAUAUGAAGAUGCCCUUAGUCGUUGGUCACGAAAUAGUUGGUAAAGUUGUUAGAUUGGGGGAUAAGUCUAACAGUGGGCUAAAAGUCGGCCAGCGUGUCGGUGUAGGUGCUCAAGUGUUUUCUUGCUUGGAGUGUGACCGUUGUAAAAGUGAUAACGAACCAUACUGCACCAAAUUUGUUACCACGUACAGCCAGCCAUACGAAGACGGCUAUAUAUCGCAGGGUGGCUAUGCAAAUUAUGUUAGAGUUCAUGAACAUUUUAUCGUCCCCAUUCCAGAAAAUGUUCCAUCUCAUUUGGCCGCUCCAUUGCUAUGUGGUGGGUUGACCGUAUACUCUCCAUUGGUUCGUAAUGGGUGUGGUCCAGGUAAAAAAGUUGGUAUAGUCGGUCUUGGUGGUAUCGGUAGUAUGGGUACAUUAAUUUCCAAAGCCAUGGGGGCGGAGACAUAUGUUAUUUCUCGUUCUUCAAAGAAGAAGGAGGAUGCAAUUAAGAUGGGUGCCGACCACUAUAUUGCGACAUUGGAAGAAGGAGACUGGGGUGAAAAAUAUUUUGACACCUUCGACUUGAUUGUAGUUUGUGCUUCGUCCCUAACCGAUAUUGAUUUUAACAUUAUGCCAAAGGCCAUGAAGGUUGGUGGUAGAAUUGUCUCUAUUUCCAUACCCGAACAACAUGAAAUGUUGACGUUAAAGCCAUAUGGCUUAAAGGCUGUUUCCAUUUCUUAUAGUGCAUUAGGAUCCAUCAAAGAAUUGAAACAACUUCUGGCACUGGUCUCCGAAAAAAAUAUCAAAGUUUGGGUAGAAACAUUGCCAGUUGGUGAAGCUGGUGUUCACGAAGCCCUUGAGAGGAUGGAAAGGGGUGAUGUUAGAUACAGGUUUACUUUGAUCGACUACGAUAAGGAAUUUACAAACUAG